UGGUGCGCGGACGUGUCGCUGCCGCGGUGCGUAGUGACAGACUUUUGCCGAGAAAAAAAAACAAGAACUUGGCAUUCUAAAAGUUAAAAACAGUGGAGUUUACAAAACAUUAUCGCGUGUGCAGUGUUGAGUUUCGAUAGAUUUUCGGUAAAUCUGUUCCAUCGAAACUUGCGACUGGGCGACUCGAAAUGCAAGCAUUCCGUUGAGAAUAUUGAACUUCACUUUUUUUGUUCGGUGCCCCUUUUAAAUCCGUAACCAGUAUUUUUUUAUUAUAUAACAAUUAUUUUGCAUUUAACUUUUCCAUGUGAAUGUGUUGAGUUUUUUUUUUAUUUCUUCCAAGCGAUUUGCCGAAACAUACAAGGCGAUUGUACAGCUGUAGUGGUGAUGCACCUGCACCUGGAGGUGACGUGACGGCAUGAGGAUGAAGUUCUCCACCGGCUCCAGCUCCAGCAGCCUCGCCAGCGACACGCUGUCGAGGAAGUCCACGCUGUGCAUCUACGCUGACGUGGAACCGCCGCCGCCGAUGGAGAGAAUGGACAGCAGUUCGGAGGCGAUGGAGCUGCGGCGGGAGCUGGACGCCGUCAGGAGCGCCCUGCAGCAGCAGUCGGAGUCGGUGCUGAAGCAGCGACACCAGCUGGUCGAAGCUAGUCAAACCCUCGCAGCGAGGGACAAGGAGGCCGCCCAGGAGAGGCGCCUAAGACAGGACCAACUCGCUAUCGUCCUGAGAUCUCUAGUUCUCCUCGAAUCCAGACUGAGCAGAGAACAGAAGCAGAUACGUGUUUCUCUCCAGCAGAAAGAGAAAAUCAUCAAGUCCCAGCAGGAGGAAAUCAACAAACUAAAAGCGAAGAAGUCCUAUUGCAGCAAUUGUCAGCAAUUACUAGGUUUCACGAGUGAACAGACUAAUAUCGAAACCGAUCCAGAAUUCCAAAGCUUGGAGAGCACUGAUUCGAGGUUUCCAAACACUUUCGUACGUAGCUGCAGUUAUCGGGAGAGGAAAUCACCACCGGUCUUCCAAAAAAAUACUAGAUUAAGUAAAAGUUUUCAGCUUCCCAAAACUGAUGUCGCAUAUGGUAACACCAGCUCCAGUGAGGAAGGUAAUACCACGAGUGUUGGGAGCAAAGGAACCUUUAUUAAAAACAAGCAGGCGUUUGUGAGACGAGACGUCUUCAGAAGAUCUCGAAAGUACAGCGGAAGGAAAAAUGCCACCAAGCAUUCAGACAAUGCAGAGAAAAUUCCUUACAACAAUCCGACUAAUAAUAGCAGUAGUGCUGAAGAAUGUCUAGCGAUGUCCUACAAAGUCAACCAAGAUGAUAACAUCGUUACGGCGAAUCAAAUCGCUAAUGAUAUAAGAAGAGCGUCUCUUAAAAUUGAUCAGUUAAUCGGUGAAGCUGCUAAGAAAGAUAAAGACAGUUCGAUGAGCGAUUCAGACAAAACUUACUCCACGAAAAUGGAGAGAAUACACGGGAUAAAAAGACAAGCGUCUGAUGAAAUAAAAGCAAAUAGACAACUGUUUUUAAAUCAAGUGCUCAGUGACGAUGGCAAUGAAAAGCCGUGGUACGUGAGUGAUCCUGAACAAGACGCAGACGGUGGAGACGACAACCUACUAAAUAAUGACCAAAAUAAAACAACUCACGAUUUAAUGAUGAACGGUUUGCGUAAAGGUAUUCUUAAUGCUGAAGUCAUAUCCGCGAGGAACGAAGUUCUCUGCAAUAGCGUCAGGCAAAACAAUGACUUCAAUAUGAGAUUUACCGAAAAUACAAAUACUAACUCAAAUAUCAAUAACGAUAAUAAUGAAGUGAGUGAGAAUUGGUACGCUAGUACAAGUGAUGCUGACGACACCCCACCGAAUGAAAUUUACAAGAACAAUCCGGUUCUUGAGUGUGUUAAUCAAAUAUUGCUCCAAAACUCCUUAGAUGAUAGUAGCAAUGAUAAUUCAAAAUCAAGCGAAGCGCCGAGCCCGAGUCCAAAAUCAUCGACUAAACGGGUUCAGUUUUCUACUCUGAACAGUAUAUCCUAUGAUGAUAAAAUAAGAAGCUCAAGUAAUAACAAUCAUACGCUGCCUAGAGUUGAUAGAAGGGCAAACAAAAUUGUGAAGUUCAGCCUAGAAACAGCUUCGGAACACAGCUAUGAAGUCCCUAACACCGCUCAAGGUUUUCAAUAUGAAAUUCAAAGUAUCUAUAGCAACGAAUACGAGCCAAUCAUUACAAAAUCUUCCGAGCCUAAAAAUCAGGAGCCCCGGCUCGUGAAUGCCAUAGAGAAGACCAGCGCUCCUAAAAUAAGAGGGUCGAUUGUUAAAAACAUUGCGGCCAACAUUGAAAGUCGUAAUCUGAAUAAUCAUGCCAUCGACUCGAAGAACGAUGGCCCUGGGGCGAUGAAAAUAUUUAACAAGAGAAAAGUACCUCGGACCCCACCUGCCCUGCCGCCUAAACCAAAGAACUUGUCGACGAAAUGGAAGUCAGAGAACCCCGUGAAACCAGCCACAGAACCUUUAGACUCUGAAGCCGUUGCGGCUAAUCAACGGGUUGCAGACGUUAAGACGAGAAGCGUGGGACAAACGGCCACCGUUAAAAAUUUAGAACCAGACUACUGCUCCAUUUCAGAGAUAAAUGUUCCAGUAGUCAGCAACGGUAAGAGGGAGUUGCUGCUGACGCAACCGACUGUUGAGAUACACAACGAGCAGUACCCAGUGCACACGUUGAAUCAGAAGAACUCCGUGGCCAAAGUCGUGUCCAUACCGCGGAUGCAGACCAAAAUCAGCGACCAGGACAUUCCUAAGCUUCCCCACGUCACCGAGAUCAUCAUUCCCGAGGAGGACGAAAAGCCCAACGAGAAUAUACGCUCCUUCCAACACGCUAGCGACAGCUACUUGAGUAACUUCAGCAUCCAUCCACUCCAACCCAAGCUGGACUCGCGAGCGUCAAUUCAAAUGGGCAAUACUGUGUCGUCGAUACUGUCAGAGAUCAAUAAGGGUGUCAAGACGACCGGAAAGCAAAUCAACCUAACCGAACUCGACAAUCUCAACCGUGCUAAAGUCCAGACCAAAACGGAAAUACGCCAAACGGAUUAUUUCGAUGAGAUAGACAAGUUUGAUCUGUCGCAGGAUUUCGAGGAGUUCAAAAUUGCCGAGGAACUCGGCAGCGGCGUCGCGGAGGAGUACAGGAUAAGUUCAGGCAGCAGCGACACCUCCAUCACUGACGUCACGGAGCCACUCACCACAGUACCUGAAGAAGAAAAGCAGUAUGUUUCGAUUGAGAACAACGAGAAUGAAAGUGAAAAAAACCAGACAUUUCUCGAAUGUAAGGAAACUGUAAGCAAGUCAAAAAAUGCAAAGCUCACCAACAAACCUGAUCUGCUUUCUAAUAUAGAAAAUGUUGAGACUGAGUCCGUAAGGAAUUCCGAUAUCGAAUCUAGCAAUUCCUCUGGCAGCAACAGCGGCUCCUACAACACGGUCAAGUGCGAGCCGGGCAUGAUAAUAAACCCCGAGACGCACGCCAGCAAAACUAAAGGUGCAUUCGAUUUCUUCCUCGAGACAUCUGGUCUUAGUUCUAAGUCUAUAUUUACGCCUAGUAAACAUUAUGUGGGUAUGAGGCCUCCCAGUGCCAACCAUAAAAAUGUUUUGAAACCCAAGGACAUUAAGAUGCGGGUGAAAAACCCAAUCGCAACGAAUAAAAUCAACGAAAAACCUAUGACGACUGCUAUAAAAUAUUUUGAACCGUAUGUCUAGCAUAAUAACAAUGUAAUAAUGUAAUCUAAAUUGUUAUAUUUUAGUUUUACAAGAUUAUUUCUUAUUCUAUUUAUUGUAAAGAGAAUGAACUUGCCUGCAUAAUAUUAAUGUAUUUAAAUGUAAUGUAAAUAAUAUUUUAAUAUACUUACCUAUAUACUUUUAAUUGAAUAAAAGUUGUUAAACAUA